AUGAAUGAUCGAGCAAAAGACAAGGCAGCAUUAGGUUAUGAUUACAAAGCACCGCUAGAAAAACAUUCAUCACAGACAGAUGCAUCCAAAGGAUUUGGUGGAAAGUUUGGUAUUGAAAAAAAUGCACAAGACAAAUCGGCUGUCGGAUUCUCUCAUAAAGAACAAGUUGAAAAACAUCCGUCACAAAAAGACUAUAACAUUGGUUUUGGAAAAAUUGGCGGUCCAAAGUCUGAAUCAAACAAGGCUGUUGAAUCUAGUGAUCAUCACAUGUCAAAAAAUAUUGUUGAGAAACAUCCAUCAACUAUUAGCUCACAACCUGUGUCCGGUAGUGAAGGUGUGAAAAACAUUCGUGCCAGGUUUGAAAAUAUCAAAAAAGAACAAGAAGAAGAAACAGCCAAACGAAUUGCUGAAGAACGUUUUCAACGAAAUAAAGUUGAAAGUGGAAAAGUGCCGUUUUCAUCAUCUGCUGCCAUAAUAGCGCCGUCGGUCUCUGUUAAAAAUGGUCAUGAACGACAAUCUUCUCCAUCACCACCACCACUGCAAAGAAAGGAAGAAGAGAAUGCAGAUAUUUAUGAAAAUAUUGAUGUGAUACAACAAAUUGUGCAAAAACCAACUGAACAGCCGAAAAUGAUCAAUAAUAAACGAUUAAGUAAUCAAGAAGAAACGGUGAAACCACAAGUAAUUGGAGGAAUGGAUUUAUCUGGAUUGAGACUUCGAAAAAGACAUGAUUCGUCUGAUUCACAAAAUCAAGAAGAAAGUACAGAUGAGGAAUGGGGAGAUCAGAAAUAUAAAAAGCAUAUAACAAAAAAACCUUCUCAAGAAGAAGUAAGAUCAUCGAUCAAACACGAACCACAGCAACAACAACAACAACAACACGAGGAGCAACUGCUGCAAUCAAACCAAUCGCAGAUGUACUCUACGGUUGAUGAAGUUAUAAAAUGUCGAGCACUAUAUGAUUACGAUACAGGUUAG